CUAGCUAUAGACUUGAAGGAAGAGUUGUGAGAUGGCGCCGCAAAGGGAAGUCAUGAAGCGCCGUCAUAGAAUAUACUGAGAAACUUGUUUUACACACCCUCGUCUUUGUGGAAGAAAACCAACGAACAAACACAAGAUAAAACAAAAUAAAGAAGAGACUAUACUUAAAAUGGCGACUAGCAGCUCUGAGAAGGGCAACAGUGAAACAAUGAAGGACGAGAAAUCAUCUCUGAACAUGGAGGGGAGAGUGGGCAGCGUGGCUGCAACUACAGGAGACAGAGCUGCACAAAAUGGCGAACAGGCAUCCAUGGACGUUCAGAAUUUGGGCGAUAGAGGUUUCAGGAGCAGAAAUAACAGUAGCGAGCAAGUCAAAUACGAAAACAGCGCGGGGACUGCUGUGAGGCAGAUGGAUGAACCUCCUAGAAAACGUUUUCAGAUUCCAAGAAAAAACAGGGAUAAGAAAGUGCUUCAGACAGUUUGUUCUGGCUCUCGGGAGUUUGACGAAAUUUUGAAAAUUCUACAUUCGUCAUACUUGGAUUCAAACUCUGUGACACAUUUCACUUACAAAUCUGCCCGACUCGUUCAUAAUGAAUUCAUGGAGAAAGAGUUUAUUGAAAAACGAAGGCAGUUGAAAUUUGACGGUCGACCAGAUAAAGAACUUGUCGAGUCUUAUGCAUUUCUCUUGGUUGAUAACGAUCAGGUAAAUACUAUAUCUGAAAGAGGUCUCAUUGUGGGGCAUUCUAAACUAACAACUCUUGGCAAGUCAUCAAUGGGAAUUUACUUGUCUAGGUUUUCAGACUUACUGCAGGCAAAUCCUUUGGAUCCUGGGACAACUGGCAAUAUUUUUAUAUUUAAAGUUAUAAAGGGAAAAAUUAAAGGCAUAUAUGAUCAGAUGAGGCAUAACCAGAUGGAUUCAUCAUUCGGAGCAUUGGAUCCAGCGCCCAAACAUGAAUGUCAUGUCUUUAAAAACAUCAACAAUGUCACAACAUUGUUGAGCUACAGGGCUUUUGAACGAUCUCAGUAUUACUUUUAUGAAUAUGGCUUUGAUGAGAUUCUCAAGAGACCGAGACAUGUUUGUCCAUUUGCUGCUGUUUUAUUUGGAUACAAAGAAGAGAUGACACCUCGACAGCCAUCUUUGUUUUUGUCAGGAUCCCCUGUGAUUAACACUGAUAAAUAUGCAG